AUGUCAAAUAAUUUAAGAAACAAAUUUUUAGAGGAUAUUUCUCGACUUCGUAAUAAUCCAAAUAGUCAUGACGUUAAAAUAAUUGUUGGAGAAGAUGAUAACGUAGAAACAUUCACUGCUCAUUCAAUUGUUUUAGGAACGAGAUCGAAAUAUUUUCAAGCGGCAUUUUACAAUGAAUGGACCAAAAAAGAGAAUAAUGUUAUUGUUUUUAAGAAACCAAAUAUUAAGCCACAAGUCUUCAGUAUACUUUUAGAGUAUUAUUAUACUGGGAAGUAUUCUCUCGAAGAUGCAAACAAUCAAAUUUACAUGAUUGACUUCCUCGAUGCCGCCGAUGAGUUAUGCCUUGUUGAAUUACUUGAGCCUAUUAAGAAAUAUAUUAUUCGUAACAAAGUUAAAUUGGUACAACAAAACUAUGUAAAGAUUUAUAAUGCUUCCAUCAAAUACGAGGGGUUUGGAGUCAUUCAAGAAUAUUGUGAAGAAUUAAUUUGCAAAAGUCCUGAAUUAAUGUUUGAAUCGAAUGAUUUUCAUUUAAUAGACGAAACUUUAUUAAAUAUCGUUAUAAAGAAAGAACUUGCGUAUAAAGAAAUUGAAAUUUUUAAUUAUGUGAUUAAAUGGGGAAUGAAGCAAAGGCCUCAAAUUAAUUCAAAAAUAUCAGAAUUAACACAGGAAGAUUAUGAGGAGUUACAAUAUAGAUUACAUGAAUUAUUAAAGCAUAUCAGAUUAUUUACACUUACCAGCGAUGAAUUUUAUAAUGUGAUUUGGCCAUUAAGAAAAUUAUUUUCGAAUGAUUUAAUAGUUAAAUUGGUCGAAUAUCAUCUUUGUACAAAGGAUGAUACGUUAAUAGUUGAUUCAUUAUCAAGAAGGACGUCAAAAAAUUUAAAUUCCGAUAUAAUUAGUUUAAAACAAACAAAUAUUAUAUUGAACUGGAUAUAUAAUAAUGAUGAUAAAAUUGAACGUAAUAUUCUAAAUAAUUAUAAUUUGGAACUUAUACAUCGUGGUGGUUUGGAUGGAAUGAAUUUACACACAUUUUGUAACAUGUGUUAUUUUAAGACUUCAACAUUGAUUGUAAUAAAAUUAGAAGGGUCGGAUAUUGUGGUCGGAGGAUAUAAUCCAAAAUCUUGGAAUUCAUCGGAUUAUGAUUGGAUACCUGUUAAUAAUUCUUUUAUAUUUUCUUUUGAUAAUUCUAAAUUAGAUUCUGAUUCUUAUAUAUUGAGUAGAAUUAAAUAUCAAAAUUUUGCGAUUAAAAAUUUUGUUAAUGCGAUUGGGUUUGGAGAUUUACAAUUUUUACCAAAUGGAAUUUAUAAUCAUAAAUAUUAUGAAAAAAGAAUUCAAUGUAAAAAUUUAUUUUUCAUUGAGGAUUAUGAAAUAUUUAAAAUCUCUUUGAAAAUAUCUACCUAA